GAUCUAAAUAGCCCUAAUUUAUUUGAAGCUAGUACGGCACUAACUGGCUUGGCAUGCUUUAUGACCCCGGAUUUAGCUCGUGAUCUGCAUAGUGAUAUAAUGAGUUUAAUUAAUUCUUCCAAACCUUAUUUACGUAAAAAGGCAAUAUUGCUCAUGUAUCGUGUAUUUUUGAAAUAUCCAGACGCUUUGCGUAUAUGCUUUCCACGUCUUAAGGAGAAACUUGAAGAUUCUGAUCCUGGUGUCCAAUCUGCUGCGGUCAAUGUUAUCUGCGAGCUAGCCAGAAAAAAUCCACAAAAUUAUCUUGCCUUGGCUCCGAUAUUUUUCAAAUUAAUGAAUACAUCCACAAACAAUUGGGUCCUGAUAAAAAUAAUUAAAUUGAUAUCGAUUCAUUAUAUAUGA